AUGGGGAAUGCUUACCAGUUCCGGACACGCUUCCUGUACUUGCUUCUCUCUUUCAGAGCCGCUCAGUAUGCCUGCACUCUGCUCGGCUACACGCUGCAGAAGAAUGGAGCGAGCGCCGAUUUCCUCGCCAGGAUCAAACAGCUGGAGGCUCACAUGAGCCUGGGACGCAAGCUGUUCCGGCUGGGCAACUCGGCGGACGCCCUGGAGUCGGCGAAGCGAGCCAUUCACCUGUCGGAUGUGGUGUUGCGCUUCUGCAUCACCGUCAGCAACCUGAACAGAGCCAUGUACUUCGCCUGCGACAACAUCCUGUGGGCGGGGAAGUCGGGCCUCAUCCCUCACAUGGACCAAGAGAAGUGGAGUCAGCGGUCCUUCAGAUAUUACCUCUUCGCGCUGAUCCUGAACCUGAGCCGGGAUGCCUACGAGAUCCGGCUCCUGAUGGAGCGCGAGGCGUGCGGGAAGCGUCCCAAGGGCAGCGAGACCAGGCACGCGCUCCGAGAAGAUGGCAGUCUCCAGCAGCUGCUGCUGAUGUUGAAAGUCAAGCUGCACCUUCUUGUGCAUGUUCUCAGGAGCAACCCUCCUCUGCUUGUGGACGUGGUGAAAAACGCCUGCGAUCUCUUCAUCCCGCUGGACAAGUUAGGGCUCCACAAGACCAACCCGGGCUUCGUGGGACUGUGCGGCCUUACCUCCUCCGUCCUCUCCAUCCUCACCAUCGUUCACCCCUGGCUCAAACUGAAGCCCUAACUGGGACAACUGGCUGGUUGGCAGUGGGAUGUGGAGCCUUUGCCUCUGUUACUGGUUCAAGGCCAGCCUGAGAUAUUAGGGGCCAAAGUUGCUCCCACCUAGUGGUUGAUACGGAGUGAAUUUUAGGGGGACUCCGUCCUGUAAUAGGACAAGUGUUCACAGGCUGCUACAAGAAUUGAUACCAACUGACUGCCUUAGCCAGGGAUUGGAUGGACCAUGGAGACUGAGCUCCCUUCUUGAACCCGGAGGAGUUCUGGGCCUCAGUUUCCCCUUCUGGUAGCAAGGUAGCAAGCAGAGGAGGCCUUCCUUGCUGCUGCCCGGGUUCCAUGGAUACAGAGCGGGCUCCAGUCUCCAGGGCUGUCUAUCUGCCACCUUUCAUGUGGACCUCCUUUUUUAAUCUAAUAAUAUAACCCGUGAAAUACUGUGAGUAUUAAGACCCUGGAGUUCAUGGCUAGAGAUUUGUGGGGGGCUGCUAAGCCCCGGUUUAUUAAGCACGCCAGGUGACUUUGAAAGGCGCCAGUGAAGCUUGCGGAGUAGUGGCACCGGUGAGGACCCGGCACGGCCUGCAACGUUCCGUGCCGUUCCCAGUGCCGACACCUCGCCGGGCCUGGACACUGAGCAUGUUCCGGCUGCCAUGGUAGUGACUUGAGGUUAGGUUUGACGGUAGGAAAAUGAAGAUUAGCAGGGAUAGUCAGUCUUUCCUCCUACCUCGUCUGUUGGUUUCAGCCUGAUUCUACUUUCCCAUUGUUUAUAGAGCACUUACGGGUGGUCAGGCAUGGAGCAUGGUGACCUUUGAAAGGUAGUAAGUGACACUGGCAUGAGCCGUACCCGUUUACAGUAGCGGGUCGAGACUAUAAGACGAGGUUUGAUCUUGGCGCAGGGACAGGACCGAGGACUCCUGGUUCUAUUGUUGAUUGUACGAGGGAUGUAAGAGUUUAACCAUUUAAACCAUGAACUGAUUCUGUUCUGGUUAAACUCUUCCCUCCCAGCGUGUGCCCACCGCUGGCCCACACUGUGGGCUCUGCAGAGGCUUCUACCACAGAGCCUGCAGCACGGGGUGGGAGCUGGUUCCCUGGGAGCAGGGCCGGGAGCCAGAGCCGGUGUAUGCCGGGAGUCAGCUUAUAUUAUCAGCAGCCUGUUGUGUGGGGUGGCGUGGUGGGGCACUGGCUGCGUGAGGUAGGCAGGUGGGAGCCCCGGCCACGCCCUGAUCCGACUUCAGCCUGGGCAAGUUGGCAGGACCCCACCCCAGCAGAGCCGGAGCAACCCAAGCUGGGCAGGCGGUUAACCGGUUAAACCGCUAACAUUUUAACGUUUAACUAAUUCAUUAUUUAUAUCCCUGGACUGUCUCCUGAAUGACCACGGACCUUUACGCCUUUGUGCCUCGGUUGCCCCAUCUGUCAAAUAGGAAUAACCUAGAUCUACCCUCUUGUGGGUGCACUCCACUUCACCCAACGGUCCGAAUGCGCUGAACCUUCAGAUGUGUUUGAAUGGCUUCGUUGCUGAAUGUUCAUAAACUGGAGAAGAGGAGGAGGAAAUGAACGUUGCAGUGUUAACUUUGAAUGGGAAUCUGUAUUGAGAUUUUGGUUUCCUAAUAAACGUAUGUAUUGAUCUGAAAUUACCACU